AUGAAUGGCGAGGUGUCCCUGGAGGAGGCUUUAAGAGAUCGCUUGAGCAUCAUUGACUGCACUCCAGAGGACCUCACUAUGUUCAGCCAAGCUCACCCGCCCAUCAGUCGCCUGACCCAGGGAAUCCGGGAGCUGAUCAGUGGCCUGCAAGCCCGCGGAAAGGCUGUCUACCUCAUCUCAGGAGGGUUCAGGGAAUUGAUACUACCAAUUGCACGGGAGCUUGGCAUUCCUGCAACCAAUGUCUUUGCAAACCGCAUCAACUGGCAGGUUGAUGAUGAUACAGGUUUUGUGACAAGAAUGGUGGGCUUUGAUGAGCGUGAGCUCACUUCUAGGCAGGGAGGCAAGCCAGCCGCUAUUGGCCUCUUGCGAGAAAUGUACCCUUAUGAGACAAUUGCCAUGGUUGGAGAUGGCAUCACUGAUCUGGAGGCUGUCCAGAUCACAGGCGGUGCAGAUGUGUUCAUUGGGUAUGGAGGAGUGGUGGUGCGCGAUGCAGUGAGGGAUGGUGCUUGGGCCUGUGCAGCAGCCAAGCUGGUUGCGCGGAACUGCAAGCUGUCCAGUGAGGGCACCGGGGAGUUUGCAGAGACCGUGCGCAUGUGGGUCCAUGAGGAGCAGAUCGGGGACCGGAAGCUCACAGACAUUAUCAACGAGACGCACGAGAAUGUGAAGUAUUUGCCGGGCGUCAACAUUGGGGACAACGUUGUUGCCUGUCCUGACCUCCUGGACACAGUGGAGGGCGCAGGUGUGCUGGUGUUCUGCACGCCUCACCAGUUCACGCGGGACAUCUGCAGGCAGCUGCGUGGCAAGGUCGACCCUUCAGCCGUCGCCAUCUCCCUCACAAAGGGCAUGCGCGUGAGGGCCGAGGGCCCACAGCUGAUCAGCGAGAUGGUGCGUAAGACCCUGAACAUCGACUGCAGCGUACUCAUGGGCGCCAACAUUGCCAAGGGUCCCGCAGCCCCAGAGGCAGAAGCUGCAGGACCUUCGCAAGCGCCACAGCCAGGGAUCAGCCGCAGGCAGCUCAGCGCUCAGGGAGCCGAGCAGGACAUCGUCCAACGGUGGCUUGCGUUCAGCCUCAAGGCCUCAUCCACCGUUGCAGAGCUGAAGCGGUUCCUGCUUGACAGAGGCCAGCGGCCAGUGAUCUUCACCAGAAGCGCGCUGCUCGCCAGGGUGGAAGGGCUGCUUAGAUUUGAGCAUCCAGAAGGUGGACUGGAGCCGAGUGCGGCGGCGGUUGAAGAGAUCACAGCCGCUGUUGAGGCCGCAGCCCAACCGGCACGGCAAAGACCAGCAAGGCAGAAGGCGCCGAAGAAGUCACAGCUUCAGAUGGAAGCGGCCAAGUCCAUUGUUAACAAGGGAGUGAGCAGCGGCCUGCCCGUGGUCAAACUCAAGCAGAUUGACGAGUUGCUCUGGACCUUCGACAAGUGCCACUACCUGCCGCAGUUGGGGGAGAGCACUCCCUCGAUUGGUGUCGCUCUCUGGGCCGUCACAAGCACGCUGCACCGCGACGGGGAGUUCCCAGCACGCAACUUGUCCCAGUUGGGUCGUGCUGCCAAGGCUCCUGUUGGUUUGGUGCGCGCUGUGCAGCCAGGCAGCGAUGGCACCCAGCUGCAUAUGGAGAUAUGGUUCCUCGAGGCGCGCGUGCAGACAGAUAGCCAGGGGGAGCCCGAGGCAGCGGUGGCAGGGGAAGGCGGUGGGGCACGCGCAGAUGUGGAGGGACGGGGUGCAGGAGAGGCAGCCACCGGUGGGGGCGUGCAGGAAGGGCAUGGGCGGGGUCGGGGCAGGAAGCGUGGCCGCCGCGGCACAGGCGGGGCGCGUGGCAGCAAUCGGCCCAGAAGGGGCAGCCGAGGCAGGCUCAGGCGCCCAACCGCCAGAGCCGCAGAGUUUUGGGGUCCCCCCACUGAGGGCGACGAAGACGAGGUUGGGAACCUCUUCUCUGAGUCAGAUGCGGAUGACCAGCCAGCGCAGCAGCACAGUGACCCAGCAGAGCCAGAAGGGCAGGCAGAGGGUGUCCUGCCUGAGGCCAGCGAAGUGCCGCCGCAGCCCACAGCUUGUGCGAGCCAGUCGCCGUUGCACGGCUGCUUGCUGGCAGAUGAGUCGCCGCAGCCUGUGCCAGUCCCCAACGUGCGGCUGAGCAUGCAGGGGCAUGCCGCAUCGCCGGCCAAAAUGGCUGUGCUGGUGAUCGACUACCGGCACAUUGCAGCGGCCCUCUGUCAUCCAAAACGGCUGAAGGUGGCUCUCGGAGGCGCUGCCGGGAGCUCGCCCAUGAACGUCGAAGAGGCUGCAACUGGUGUGGCGCUGGCAAUGUUGCUGGCUGAGGAGCAGAAUGCGGCGCGCGCCGGAGAAGGUGGGAGUGCUACGGCAGCGGAGCAGUCGCAGUCAGCCUUGGAGCAGUCACCGCUGUCUGGCGCCAUGGUCUUCUUUGAUCCUGCUCUGGAGCUCGCUGCCGAUGAGGAGCCAGCUUCCUCCUACCGCUCUGCAGAUGGCCCAGCAGGUCGACCGUCCCUGGAAGUUUCCUCCCCUGGGAUCAACAUGGAAGCUGCAAUGGGUGUCAUCGCAGGGCUGGCAUGUCAGCUGAACCCCUCGCCGCAAGCCAGAGGCCAUUCGAGCGCGCACAGUGACGUGCAGAUUCUGCCAGAUGACACAGUCUAUGUCCUAACAGAUGACAGGAGGAUAGUGGGGACGGCAGAGGUGGUGCAUAUUGGGCCUGGCACACGGUUCCACGGUGCUGAGCUUGAGGGGUUUGGUGUUAUUUGCGGGCUCACCAUCACAGACGCAACUGGGGCUGGACACCAGAAGGCAUGGUUGAGCGACACAGAUGAAGUCAGAGCAGGCAGAACACCCUUGGAAGCAAUUGGGGGCAAUCAGAUGGUGGCAGUUCCCGAGAGGUGCCUUCGCUUUCUGAGGCGCCCACCGGCGGCUGGAGAGUGACUUGCAAUGUGAUCUUUGCACUUUCAAGCUAAGUCAGUUUCAAGCUUAGUCAGAAUUGGCGUGUGAGCAUGACGCAAAUGUAGCAUCAAUUUUUUUUAUGUCCUAAAUUUGAUAUUGCAAUGAGGACUGUAGUAGGUUGUGACCAAGUCUGCCUCACUACAAGGCGUUGCACAUCCAUGCGCUCUACGCAACUAAUAUUAGUCACUCACUUGUCCCUCUCUGCACAUGUGCGCAACAAUCAUGACGGUAACCAGAUAUCAUGCAUGUAACAAUCUGUAAGGUAAUUCUGCUCCCGGUUGCCUCACAUGCUCAACCUUCGAAUCUGAAGUGGCCAGUGGGAUGGAGCACUUCUGCUUGAAGACAGAGCACUGCUGCUGACCGCCACAAGGUAGUGGCGGUGGAGGGCAAGAAAAUAAAUCCCCUGAGCCUAUCUUAUAAUAUUAUUAACCCCAUCUGUCAUUGAGCAGCCUGGCUCGUUCUUGCUGUUUCUCUACGAUGUCGGUGUCGAAAUCCACUCACAUAGAAUGUUGAACGUGGAAGAAUUGCUACAAGAUUCUUCUCAGCAUCAUCGCACUUCUUGGUCGCUGCAUAAAGACACACGGCAUGUCACAUCAGAUGGCGCAAAGGAAACCUAGUAAUCUUCAACCACUGAACUUCCUUGAAGGCGGGAGCCAUGCAUGCACACACCGCCCUCAUUCACUGGGCACUGGUCAUGUACAGGUGCAACCCAUGCCAUGCCCGUGGCCAGUGGGCACGUACACAUGUGCAUCAACGUUUCAGGCAAUUGCAAGUUGCCACAAUGGCUACCCAACACCGGUGUUGGUAGCAAGUGAAUAGUGGGUACCCACUAGUUAUUUGCCACACCAUUGCCCUCAGUGUACUCUUAAAAAGCAAUCACUCAAUUAUAACUAGAAGGCGCCUCUACAGUGUAAUAUUGUUGUCAAUAGAUCAGAUUGAUAUUAUUGUUGCAUUCAUUUAUUUUAUAUUUAAUUAUAUUGAACAAGCUCGGCUCGCAAGGCUUCAAGCCUUGUUGCUCCAAUUGGUCAAAUAUAUGCAUUAUUCUUUUUUAUCUGAUAAUUCUUGCAAAGCAGAAUUAAAGCCACUGCAAAUAUUAAGGCUUGAAACUCGAAUUCACAAUGUGGAGAUAAAGUCCAUGCAAUGGGUGACUCGUUAAACAUUAAUUGAAGCUGAAGGGCUAAUUGGCUUCUGAUAAAUAUUUUAAUAUCAUGGUCAUUU